UUUUCAGAAAGAGAGAGAGAAACGAAGGUGUCGAGAAUCCUCAGCUGUGUUUAAUUGUGUUAGGACACAUUCCCGCAAUGUUUCUUGGCGUCACGAUCUCUGCCGGCGAUCGUCAUGCAAACAGAAUGCCGAGUUGUUUUCAAGAAUACCGAAGAUCAUCGUUUGUCGCGGUCACGAGUAAACAGAUGUGUUUUUGACCGACAGCGAUGCCCACGUAAUUUAAUUGUACACUGUCUUUGUCUCUUGCGAUUACGUUUCUGGUGCGGGGAUGUACAUUCCGGAAGCAAGAGGAACAGGAGGAGGAGGAGAGGAGAGGCAGGAGGAAGAGGAGAAAGAAGAGGAAGAGGAGGAGUGUAUGUGCAGCACCAUCGACGAUUGCACCGGCGCAGCGGGCGCAGCGGGCGCAUCGCGAGUCCAGAGGGGGUGGGAUCUGCCGCAUAGUGCGGAUAUAGUAGGCGAGGGAAACUCGGUCGACGGGUAUCGGCGCAUCAGUUGCUAUGCGUCCGAGCACGAUCGCGAACACGGUGCGCGAUCACCAGCGAGCGGACCGUGCCUGGUAGUCGCUCUCCUCACUCUUGGACGCGACGUAACGCGAGGCGACGCGACAACGACGUAUAUCAUUCACUGCCUCUCCUUCCUGGUCGGCGGCGGCGACGACGACGACGACGACGUGCUCGCCUUCUAUGCGACAAUCGCGGAAUUAGAGUCGACAGAGACAGAAAGCACGCACAUGGUCCGGCGAUCGCGACCAUGAUCGCGAACCGUGCCGCGCUGAUCACCGGCCUCGUCCUCGUUGUCCUGGCGGCCACUUUCGAUCGCGGUGAGGCGAUAAUAUGUUACCAAUGCAACAGCGAGUACGACCCGCGGUGUGGCGAUCCAUUCGACCCGUACAGUCUUGGAACUGUCAACUGCAGCUUUCAGCCUCGCCUGGAGCACCUCAGCCAGCUGGAGCCGACUCUUUGCCGGAAAAUCAGUCAAAAAGUGUACGGCAAGGUGAGGGUCGUCCGGAGCUGCGGAUACAUCACGAACGAGAUGGACAACGGCGAGUGCCUUACGAGAACCGGCACACACGACGUACGCGCUACGUACUGCUCGUGCACCGGUGAUUUGUGCAAUUCCGCACUCGAAAGCCGCACGCCGUCCUUACUACUGCCACUGGCGUCUCUCCUGACUGCCGUUCUGGCGACACCGAGUCUGCUCCUGUCGUGCCCGAUCGCGCCGCCUCGUACCUCCACUCUCUCAAUAGCCUAAUUCUGCCUAAUCGAUCGAAACACACCUGAAUCCGAAUCGGCUGGCCUGCCGUCGUUGCGCCGCACGGGCCGUUCGCGUAGAUGUAUGGUGUGUGUGUGUGUGUGUGUAUGUGUGCGUGUGUGUGUGUGUCUUACGUAUGUCGGACACGCGUCCGCAACCGGUCGAUCGAACGCCCCAACCGACCGUCGUCAAUUUCACCGCUACGGUACUUCCCGGCCGAGAAACGCGCGACGAAAUUGAAGCGAAGACCCGCGGAAACGGCUCUUCUCGUUAUGUAUCGAGAAGAAAAGAGAAACUGCUCCUCUUCCUAUGGGGGGGAAAUUUCCGGCCUAUCCUUGAUCACAGAUCUCCGGCCUAAUCAAAUCGCGGCACGUUUCCGCGCGCCGUCAACAGUAACUUCACCUGUCUCAACACCUGAGCCGUACAACGAAUCCGACAUGGUCUCUUGUACUUCUACGAAGUUACCGCGGUGUGUUUCGAGAAGCGCCGUUUCUUCGCGUGUUCUGAAACAAAUCGCACGGCUAUUGUUAGUGGAUCCUUCUAUGUUGUUCGUGAUUUAUCUAUUUCUUUCAUAGUUUGUUUUCUACUUUUUUUCUUCUUCUUCUUCUACUGUUUCUCUUCUUUUCACGCGUUAAUGUCACUUCCGCGUAUCUGAAAUAUCGGAAACCCGAUUUUACGUGAAUUACAAGGUUGUCACACGCGUUAAAGUUUCGCUUGAAGAGUACUGCGAGCAUUCUUCAGGAAGAUCUCUCUUCAGAUUCUGUAGCUAAGAUGGAUUCUAUAGUAAGAUGGAUUUCGUCUCGAUGACGAACGGCCCGCGAAAUAGCCGACGAUUAUAACGUAGUGUAACGGUGAUAACUGCCAGAUGCGCGAGGACGACACUUCAAUAGUAGUACAUAUCUUCGCGAACAGAGAAGAAAAACAACACAGCAACACACACGGCCUCCGCGUAAGAAAAAAAGAAAUCUAUCACCGGCCUCUCUCACGCGCACUGACGUUGCGCUUGUCGCGUUGAUCGGCUGUCGGAUGCAGCGUUUUUCGAGUCUACGGAUAUUUUUCGCAGAGGCGGACCGAGAGAAUUCGAUCGAGGGAAACUGUUCCGUGAGACUUGUUCAUAAUCUUCUUUUGAAUGUAACCUUUGAAUUUUAAUUUGCAUCGAACUUGUUAAAUCCAUAUCUUUCUUUCUCGGCCAACUACCGUUUCGUGUCGCGGUUCGUUGUCCCGUUAAAUAAAGAACUAAUCGAAUUCGAUCGUUUAUUCAAGAAUUUAUGAGUUUUAAGCACUCGCGGUUCUUCGCUCACACAAUGUACUCCUGAUCGAUUUCUAUUGAUUCGCCUAUUUUUGUACAGGGACGGCCGGCCGCCGACUCUCGCCUCGCUUUGCGACGAGCGCAACGACGGGUCUAAAAAGCGUAGGAAAAUAAGCGGCAGAUAUCUUAUGAGAAUUUACGAUUAGUGAAAAAAACCAAAGAGUCACACGGUAUAAAAAUAACGUAAAUGUAAAAGUAGCGGCAUCGCGCGACACAUUUCGCACCCCGCCUGCUACCGCCUGAACAUACAUCUGUGUCUGUACGCGAGCGCGUUUGUGUAUGUGUGUGCACGCGCAUGUGUAUGUGUGUACGCAUAAUUUUACAAUGUACGUAUAUGCACGCGAAGCAAAAAGAAAACAAAAGCAGAAGUAUGCAAGUAUAUUUUUCGUUGGAACAAAGCCAAGAUGGAAUUGCACGCGAGAUCGGCAGUCCUGCUUAUUUUUAGAGGUGCAAUGUCAAUGUAGCUUUUGCGAGGACGCAAGAGGACCCAUAUAACGCAGGUUGCACCGGUUGCAUCCGUACGGUGCACUUCAGUAUCGUUUAUCACGUAUUAUUUAAUUCAAGUAC